GGCUGCAGGGCUGUGAUCAGCCGCCUUCGCAUGGGCGGGGCAGCAUAUUGGCCGGCUGUGUAUGUACCUUUGCCACGUACUGACCCUGAUCAGCGCUCGGGCCUCUUUGUCUGACAUCGCUGGCGCGUCCCCUGCAGCUCAUCGACAGUACUGCCGGCCAUCAGACCGUGAUGCAGGAUGAUCUUUCGAUGUCAAGGCAAGCAUGCCAGCUACAGUUUCCAUUGCUCUAUAGCGAAAUCCAGCUCGCGCGUGAACAUUUCGCGCGUGAGCCCAUCACGGAUGCUGCAGUACAAGCGAGCUAUGCAGCCAUCAGCGGCGGGAAGGCACGCGUUCAUGUUCAGGGCCAUUCGUUCGCCAUCAGCGGUUUCCAUGCAGGUUGGCGUCAGCGCAUGUACUCUUUGCUGGCAAGUCUGCACGAGGCAGUCAGCAAUGCCCCUGACGACGAGCCCCUACCUGCCAUUGCAAUGACGCUGCAUGCAAAUGACAAUGGCGCGGCAGGCGUGGCAUGGCCCGUAGUGCUCCCAGUGCAAGACAGAGGGAAGGCAUUUUUGGCCCCUGACUUUGGCUUCCACAGCUGGCACGGCGACGUCGAUCAUGGACUGUGGACGUCGUUCAGAAGCUCAGCAAAACAAAUCGACGAUGGGCUGACGUGGCGCGCGAAGAUCCCAAAGCUCUUCUGGCGAGGCGAUGACUUCACACCGGCUCGCAAGCAGCUUGUAGAGCAAGCGCGCGGUCGCGAGUGGAGUGAUGUUGAAUCCUUACUGUGGGCCGAGCCGUCGCGCAACAAAGCCAUCAGUAUGCCAGAUCACUGCAGAUAUGCUUUUCUCGCGCAGACCGAAGGCGCAAGCUAUUCUGGCCGACUUAAAUACAUCCUGAAUUGCCGCAGCGUUGUCAUCUCGCAUCCUCUGCAUUACCAGCAACACUUUCAUUCUUUACUCAAUGCAACACAAGGUCCUGAGCAGAACAUCGUCAUCUUGCCCCACUCGUUCGACGACCUCAGCGUGACAAUGCAGACCUUGCUCGCUGAUAGCAGUCGCGCCGAAGCGAUCGCGAAUCAAUCUGCCCUCGUCUUUCGAGAUCAAUACUUGACACCAGCCGCGACGGCGUGCUAUUGGCGCGAGGCACUGCGAGUGUACGCGACUGUGCAAGCUGCGACCCCUCGGCGAUCUUGGCUCAGUGUUGACUAUGCUACAUUUGUGCGCAUCACGUCGUACUGGCAUUUGGGGCUUGUCUGCAUUGCUCUACUGUUGCUUUCGGCUAUCCUUCUUGCUUACAAAUAUCGCCUCGAGCUCUUACCACGCAUGCGUUUCAGCAAUCGCAAGCGAGCGUACGACGCAGUCAAGACAACGGCUGAUUAGCCUUUCGUCGGCAGCAACUGAUCGAGCCUCGCUCGACGCGUCUCGUCAAGCUUCACGGCUCUCUGCCAGGUCGCAACGUCGAGUUCGCCCUUGCCCAGACUGAGCGACAGCAAUCUGCCGUCGGAAGUGAGCAAAGUCAGACAUCCGGCGAAAACAGGCAGCCUACCUUGCCAGCGUCAGUCGCAAUUGCAAGUCUUCCUGGGUGAUCACGCCAGAGGGCGCUGACCGUCUUUGCUCUACAAACUCGUCUUGGAUGUGCUAGCAACCUGUUGAGCUUCUGAUGACUCGCUAAUGCACAUGCGCACCUUGGAAACCGCAUCGGGUAUAGUGAAGCUUUGGGCACGCGCUUCGGCGAUGAUAGCACGAAAGGCAGCAAGAUCGGGG